AUGAAGACACGCCUAGCACUCUCCCUCCUUCCAGCACUGGCCUCCGUAGCCGCUGAAACCUCUUGCCCUACCAUUCUGAUCCCCAACACCUGGUACCCGCCCAUCACGGGCCCGGGAUGGCAGGGCCAAGUCGUCGCUGCCGGCCUGACGAAGCCGCGCAGUCUCGCUUUUGACAGCACCGGCGCUUUGCUGGUUGUCGAGUCCGGCAAGGGUAUCAGCAGACAUCAGUUUACAGACCUUGGGGGGACGUGUCUCAUGCCGAAUCACUCGCAUAUGCUUGUCGAAUUGCCGCGUCUUAACCACGGCCUGGCCCUCUCCGCCUCAGGCGACACAAUCUACGCCUCAACACCUGACAGCGUCCUCUCCUGGCCCUAUGACGCCCGCAGAGGCCGCGUAACCGGCCGCUCGCGCAUCAUCAUCGCCAAUAUGAGCAACAGUGAUUUGGUCACUCGCACGCUGCUCAUGUCGCGCUCGCGGCCCAACAUACUGAUUGUGUCUCGGGGCGGGCCCGAAGAUAAUAUUGCGCUCGCCGAGAAGGUCGAGAAUGGCUUCAACCAGAUCAAAGCGUUCGAUCUAGACGAGCUUAAGGACCGCGGGACAGAUGCGACGUACGACUUUGUCAAGGACGGAACUGUCCUAGGCUGGGGAUUGAGAAAUAGUGUUGGUGUCGGCGAGCAUCCCCUCACAGGGGGCAUUUGGGCGGUAGAGAACAGUGUGGAUCGCGUCACGAGAAACGGGGUGGCAGUGCACGAGUACAAUCCGGGAGAUGAGCUCAAUUUCUUGGGCUACCUCAACGGUACAGGGACGGGAAAGAACUUCGGCUAUCCGAACUGCUUUGCAGUGUGGUAUAAGGAUGAGAUUCCUGAGAAUGAGGGGCUCGACAUUGGGAUGCAGUUUGCCGAGCGGGAGACUGAGGAGCUCACGGACGAGACGUGUGCUGAAAAAUACGAGCCGCCACGGCUAACCUUCCCGGCGCAUAACUCGCCAAUGGAUAUCAAGUUUGAAGGGGACGGAUCCGCGGCGUAUGUGUCUUUCCGUGGGAGCUUCGAGGGCGGCAAGGGUUACGGCUACGAGAUUGUUCGCGUGCUGUUUGAUACCACUACGGGGGAGCCCGUCUUGCCGGCCAAUAGCGGGGAGGUCAUAAGUGAUAUCAGGCCUAUUUUUAACCUUGACCUAUCCAAGUGUCCAGAGAACUGCUUCCGGCCAGUCGGCAUGGCAUGGGAUAGUAACGGCAGGCUAUGGUUUGCGUCUGACUCCACGGGCGAGAUUUAUGUUUUGUAUAAGCUUCCUGGAAGGGAUCGGCAGUUUAUUGUACCAGAGGGGUACUACGGAAAGGAUAGUGCUAGUGGGAAGGGACAUGUUGAGCUGCAGCUGUGGGUUGAGUCACCGCAGGAGCUCGGGUGA